GCGCCUGAGCGAGAAGCACCCUCCUGGGUCUCCGCCUCUUUCAGAGGAGGACCAGGCGCUCGCAACGACCUACAUGGUCGUGGCGUUGGCCCUCAACGGGUUCAUGGGUCGCUGCAAGGAGCGGCGGACGGGCGGUGCUCGGGCGGAGCGGCGGACGAAGCGACGGACGGACGGCGCUGGGACGGCGCGACGGACGGACGCUACUCGGACGGGGCAGCGGACGGACGGGACGAGGGACGGGGCGACGGACGGACGGUAUUCGGACGGGGCGGCGGGCGGACGGUGCUCGGACGGGGCUACGGACGGACGGAGCGACGGUCGGACGGUACUCGGACGGGGCGGCGCCCAG